AUGACCACCCGUGGUGGAAUCAAUCAGCCAUUAGACCGACUGCAACAACCCAGUUACCGUGGUCAACUUUCGACAGAUUCUACUCGAUUUUAUUCUCCUGCUUCCUCCUCUUUGAAUACAUCUCAACAACAACCACCCACUUCUGGCUAUUCUCCGUACGUUCAGUCCCCAGAACAACUGGGCAUCCCAAUAAAUUAUCAGAGCCAUCAUCACCCUCGGUUUCCCUGCUUUCCACAUUCUGGAGGCACUAUCAGUGUUAGUGAAAACGAUUCGGCUGUUCAGCUUUCCGCCAACCCCAGUAACCCUACUCCUUUAAACGACCUUGAUUUUCAUCUCAUGAAUAUCGAACCGAAUAUGUCCCCUUCAUCAGGCAUUACUUCCCCGAUGGAUUUGGGUUUCACAAAUAUCGGUGAUGAACAGAGCACUGACAAUAUCGACCUCAAUAAUAUUACACCCUCCAUUAAACUUGCCUCGUCGCUGACUCUUUUGGGGCCGACCGACUUUUCCUCUGGGGACAACGCUCGUCGUGGGAAGCCCUUGAUAAAAAGUGAGGCCAUGUCGAAGGGCGGCGGUUCGGGUAGCGGCAGCGGCCCUUUCAGUAGCACUGAGGUGCCCUCCAUGCCUUCCGCCUCAUGUCCGGCCGAAAACAGCGGUGCAGCCUACCUUUCUUCUGGUGGGCCGUUUGAGAGCCCCACCACUGGCCUGAGCAUCCCGCUCCCCGGAGGCACCGCCUCGGGCGGCAGUGGUGGCAGCAGCGUGACGGGCACCUGGGCCGGCAGCAGCCUAACCAGCCUCUCCGGAGCCACGGGUCUGCCCGUGCUCCCAGGUAGCGCUGGUGGCAGUGAUAAUCAACGCGUCGCUAUGAUUAGAGCACGGAGCAAAAAGGACAGCCAUAACAGAAGUACAUUUGAGUCUGGUUAUUCUUCGCUGUUCAUAAUUGGCGACAUCAGGACCACUGGUUUACAUGGUCGAGACCUUUGUGAGAAUGUAUUCCAGAAAACAUUGAUUCGAUUUAUCCGUGGUUGGCCUGAUGCCUUUACAACUGACGCUCUACUCGUGCAAUACGAUUUCAUAUUUUAUUGUGUGCUUGUAGUUGAACGGAAACGCCGCGACUACAUCAACUGCCAGAUAACGGAAUUGGGCACCCUGCUGCCUGAAGAGAUGUUCCGGGAGAACGAAUGCAAGAAAAACAAGGGAAGCAUCUUGAAGAAUUCUGUGGAGUAUAUCUGCGCUCUCCAAAGGGAGAAUCAAUGCUACGCUGACCUAUACAAUGAAGCCAAUCUUGCCAAUACUGUCAUCGAUCGAAUGAUCAAACGUAUCCAGGACCUCGAAUCUUUAAUACCGCCGGAGUACCUAGCCAAAGUGGCGCCGACAGGUGCCGCUGACUACCGAUCACCGCUGCAGGAGUGGUCCAAAGUGCACGAUGUCAACCAGCAAAAGAUCUCCUCAGGCACGAUUGUCGGUGUUCCUUCUGCUGGCGGUGGCGGUGCCGGUCAAGUGUCUGUCGACACCAGCGAAUCAUCUCCAGGCAUGUCAUCCAUUGGCAACAACGACGAUGUUGGCACCUUUGUCGACACAAGAGGUGACUCGAACUCGCCAAUACCACUGGUCGGGAGACCAGCACGCACCCGGUGCACUUCCGCUUCUUCGAAUCCAGGGCAGCCAAUGAACUUGGGCUCCGGCGGAGGUGGUAAUCUGGUCGACAAGGUUGACACCAGCCAUUUGAUGGCCUCCUCUUUCGUCGGCUCCCUGCCCUCGCGCAACACCCGCAUACUCCCUGCCGCCACCUCCCCCUCUAACGCUGCUCAGGGAGUGCGCCUCCCCCAGAUGCGUCCCUUGUUUCCCCAGCUCUAUGGUAGUGCAAGUGGUAAUGGCAAGCACCCCUCACCUCCUUCAAGCAAAAUUACGGGUAAACGUACAGCAACUGGAAGACCUCCCACGACUAAGAUGGAGGAUAGUGGAGGUAUUACGGUGCCGAAACAUAAUCCUCUGUUCUCCAGUGGCGGAGGGAUCACGUUUGGUGGUGGUGGUGGUGGUUGUGGAUUCGGCGGUCUAAGCACGAGUUUACCCGUGAGAAUACCUCCAGAUGAAUUUCCAGCUACUUCGGAACCAAUCGGUGCUGAAAGCUAUAUUCGUAUGACGUCGGAAGGUGGUGAGAGAGGCCCAUGCCAUGAGGGUCCCGCGACUGCCUUCAAACCCGAGCCCAUUGCCGAGGUGCCCGGUGGUGGCACCGCUGGUGGGUUCCAGCCGCACUCCUACAAGCCUCAGUUCGGUGGAGUUCGUCCCAUCUGGUCCCAACCGCAUUCUCAGCGCAUCUCUCGCCCAAUGUCAGCUGGCCAGCAUCAGCUGGCUACCUCAGAGUCUUCACCAGCGCAGCAAGGUGCCGGAAUGUCAGAUGAGCUGCAGUUUGAUCCCAUUAUGUAG